AUGGAAUCCUCUGCCGCCCCGAACACGACCGAUGCCCCAGAAAUUCCGAGCAGCGCGACUUCGGCAACCCCAGCAUGCGAGGCAUGCCGUAAACUCAAGAUGCGAUGUCUCCGGCUGAAUGCUGCGGAUCCGUGCGAGCGGUGCAGACGCAACUCGAGGGCCUGCGUCAUCCCGAAGCCGCGCCCGCUAGGCCGCAAGCAUGGGUCAGUGGGAAAGUAUCACGGCGUUGAGAAGGCGAUGCGCAAGAUGAAGUCGGAGCUCCGCAAAGCCCAGGCAUCAGGGGACCGCGGAUCGAGCACUCCGGCUCUCCCGGAGCUGUCUUCAGAAGACGGGCUACUGGCACUCUUCCACGCCGCCGCUGCGUCUCCAAAAGUGCCCAAAUCUGCGCACAUUCCCAAGGACACGCCGGCUUUUACCGCGUCGGAUGAGUUUGCGAAUUCAUUCCCGGCAGAGACCUUUGAGGACUCCUUGUCGGAACUUCCUGGGACAACAGCCCAAGCAAACUCAGCUGGCCCAGUGGGCGCUCGCGUUCGUUCCGAGUCGCACCUCUUGUCGGCGUUGCCGGGCGGCAGCAUGUCGCGAUCUGCCGAGCAGCACAUGGAGAGCCCGCGACUAAACGCCCGGUCAUCGCGCCGGAGCGAGGAGUCCAUCAGCAAUCCCCUGGGUCUGGUCGCCGAUGCUUCGGGAGAGGCACAGGCGCAUGAGAAACAGUUGGUUGCGACAUCUGCCUCACCCAACUCCACUACGUCUAUCCUGGGAGUUGCUAACAAUCCAGAGCCGCAGAGUAUUGCGUGGCAGCUGCUCAGACGGCCUGGUUACAUCUCGCUCGGGCUGAAGGCCAGCAGACAGAGCCUCGAGGCUGGCUUGGAUGCGCUGUUCUCACAUCCCGGGCUAAGCGAUCACUGGUCAAACUACUUCAAACCUGUCGAUGCAACCAGGCCCCCUGAUGUCGGCCCCGACGUUGACCCAGUAGACCUUGGCCUAGUUACGAUGGAUGAGGCGCAUUACUUGUUUCCCAUGUUCGUCCGGUCCCAUCCAACUGCCAAGCUGUAG